AUGGCUCCAACGAAGGCAGAGAAGAAGCCAGCUGAGAAGAAACCUGUAGCAGAGAAAUCCCCUGCCGAGAAGAAGCCCAAGACCGAGAAGAAGAUCUCGAAGGAGGGAGGAAGCGACAAGAAGAAGAAGAAGGCGAAGAAGAGCGUUGAGACGUACAAGAUCUACAUCUUCAAGGUUUUGAAGCAGGUUCAUCCUGAUAUUGGUGUCUCCAGCAAGGCUAUGGGAAUCAUGAACAGUUUCAUCAACGACAUCUUCGAGAAACUCGCUCAAGAGUCCUCCCGUCUGGCUAGGUAUAACAAGAAGCCGACUAUUACUUCUCGGGAGAUUCAAACCGCUGUUAGAUUGGUUCUUCCUGGUGAAUUGGCCAAACACGCCGUUUCUGAGGGAACAAAGGCCGUUACCAAAUUCACCAGUUCUUGA